AAAGUCGAGUGGUCCAGGGUGGGUGUCGGGGGCGGCGGGGAGGGGCGGGAUGGUACGAUAUACGAAACCCGCGUAGGCUCCGCGCGUAAUAUCGGAUCAGUCGGUGAAUGUGCCGCGGUGCGAGCGGAAGGGUCCUGGGAUCUCCGGUGGUGCGUCUCUGGUGGAUCGCGUCUCGGUAAUCAGAGCAGUCCCGGAACUGUCCAAGCCUGUCACGCCUCGUCGUCGUCCGCUCUUCAUCCUCCGCUUUCACCCUCGAGCGGACCGCGUCGGCUGCGGCACGGUGGCGGUGGCGGUGGCUACGGCGGCGGCUGCCGCGGCGGCGACGGCUCCUUAUGGGGGUGCUGCUGCUGCUGCUCGUCGCGUUGAUGGUCGCACGCGUGCACGCGUGCCCGGCGUACGUCGCGGGCGUGCGGACGGCGCGGCGCGAGGAAGGAUGGUGAAGUGACUACGUCCUGGGCGCGGCGAACCCGGGGAGGAAAAGGGAGUUGCGAAAGUGAGUUACGCACGCACGCACCAGGGUCGGCCGGUAUGUGCACGCGGCCUCGCCGGAGCGGGAGAGCGGUCAUCUCGGCGAUCAUCCUCUUCUGGCGGAUCUGCUGCUGCCCGUGCGACGUCACGGACACCCCGCCGCCGGCACCGUGCAAUGUCAUCGCCGACGGACGGGAGCUACACUGCCGCGGCGCCGAUCUACUCGCCGUCGGCGGGAUCUACGACGCCGACCUGUUACGGACCGCUGUCCCCAUUAAUAUCACGAAGAUUGAUCUGACCAACAAUAAUAUAACGGACAUUCCAAUACGUGCUUUCCAUCGGUUUCCCAAUCUCGAAAUUUUAUUUCUUCGACGCAAUCAGCUACAAAUCAUUUACGACGAUGCGUUUGUAAACUUAGCGAGCCUUCGUGUAUUGGAGCUCGAUGAAAAUUAUUUAACGGCGAUACCGGCCGCUGCUGUAAAUCUACCUGGCCUCGAAGAAUUGUCUGUAUCGAACAACAAAAUAGAACAACUCACGGAAAAUGCAUUACGCCACGCUGGCAAUCUGGUGUCGCUCGAUUUACGCGGAAAUCCAAUUAAGGAAAUACACGACGGAACCUUCCGGAAUCUUCGCAAACUUCGUAAGUUGAUAUUGUCUAAUGUGAAGGAACUGCGGUAUUUUCCCGAUCUGAACGGGGCAACGUCUUUGGAAGUGUUGAAAUUAGAUCGCUCGCAGCUGAAGGAGGUUCCCUCGAAUCUUUGUCUGCAAUGUUCGAAACUGAAAAGUCUCGACAUGAAAUCCAAUUAUUUGACAGAGAUGCCAAAUUUACGAAACUGCAACGAACUCCGCGUUUUGGAUUUGGCCAGUAAUAUGAUUUCCACGUUGCCCGACGACGCUUUUAAAGGUUCAAAUAUGCUGCACGAUCUUCUCCUGUCCAAUAAUAACCUGCAGAGCAUUUCCAGCGAUGCGUUUAGCGGAUUAUCCAGAUUACAAGUUCUAGACUUGGAGAACAAUUACAUCGAAUACAUACACCCCGACGCGUUCAGAGAGACGAAACGGUUGGAGGACCUAAAUUUGGGAAACAACGUCUUCCCUACACUGCCGAUAAGAGGCCUCGCCGGAUUGUUGCACCUCAAGACGUUCAAUAAUCCGGCGCUCCGUGAAUUUCCAUCCCCCGAGCGGUUCCCGCGCGUGCAAACAAUGCUGCUGUCAUACGCUUAUCACUGCUGCUCGUUUCUGUCGGUCGAAAUGGAGGAGCCCGUCACGAAGACGUCGCUGCGGGAAUCGAUUCUAUUCCCCACCGACGAUUUCGACUCCAGCUUGUGGAAUUCGACUUUCAGCGAUAUCUGGCCGCACUUGAAUAACUUGACCGACAAAUUCGGAAAGCAGAUAAAUGAACUUUGGGCUAACUUUGGUUCAGAUUUUACCUACCCCGGCAACCUGCCUUCCUACGUAGAGGAUUAUUUCGAGGAUGUAGACGGUCGGGUGACACCGACGACUCGGACAGUACCCUCCCGUAUCCAAUGCUUGCCGCAACCCGGUCCCUUUUUACCGUGCCAAGAUUUAUUCGAUUGGUGGACUUUGCGGUGCGGCGUGUGGAUAGUUUUUCUCCUCGCGAUGCUCGGAAAUGGCACUGUGGUGUUUGUCUUGAUAUUCUCGAGAAGCAAGAUGGAUGUGCCACGGUUUUUAGUCUGCAAUCUGGCCGCCGCUGACUUCUUCAUGGGUGUCUAUCUAGGUUUGCUAGCCGUCGUCGAUGCGUCGACAUUGGGAGAAUUCAGGAUGUACGCGAUUCCGUGGCAAAUGUCGGCCGGAUGUCAGCUGGCCGGCUUCCUCGGUGUCCUCAGCUCCGAAUUAAGUGUCUACACGCUCGCGGUGAUCACUCUGGAGAGGAACUACGCGAUAACGCACGCGAUGCACCUGAACAAGCGGCUCUCAUUGAAGCACGCGGGCUACAUUAUGACGAUAGGCUGGUGCUUCGCGCUGUCGAUGGCGAGUUUGCCGCUGCUGGGGAUUUCGGACUACAGAAAAUUCGCUAUUUGCCUGCCAUUCGAGACCAACGGCAGCGCGGCGCUCGCGUACGUUGUGUUUCUCAUGCUCAUUAACGGCGUGGCCUUUCUGAUACUGAUGGGAUGCUACUUGAAGAUGUACUGCGCGAUACGAGGCUCCCAGGCGUGGAACUCCAACGACUCUCGCAUUGCGAAGCGAAUGGCGCUGCUCGUCUUCACCGAUUUUCUCUGCUGGUCGCCGAUAGCCUUCUUCUCUCUCACGGCGACCUUCGGACUGCAAUUGGUGUCCCUCGAGCAGGCGAAAGUCUUCGCGGUAUUCGUGCUGCCGCUCAACUCUUGCUGCAAUCCCUUCCUAUACGCCAUCCUCACGAAACAGUUCAAGAAGGAUUGCGUGCUGAUAUGCAAAGCGAUCGAGGAGUCGCGCGUGACUCGCGGCAUCGGCAGGUGCCGGCACAGUUCGAAUUUCAGCAAUCGGCAGACACCUGCCAACACCAACAGCCUGGUCGAUCGGUCGUCGCGCGAGAAUCAGGGGAUUCAAACGCCGUGCACCUGUAACGCGCGGCUCCUAGAAACCGGAAGCCGCUGCUCGACUUACCGCUGGUGGAGCGCCGGGCUGUUCUGGCCGUGCGCGCGCGACACGCGACCGCGUCACGCGCGCAACGAUCAGUACGCCUAUCAGAUCGCCCAGAUCCAGCAGAAGCAGCACAAGCGCGCGUCCUCGGUUUCGUCCAGCGAGAACUUCUCCUCGUCCAGAUCGGACUCCUGGCGGCAGACGCACCACUGCGGCAUUCCGCUCAGACUGCUGGAUCCGAAGCGGAGAGCCUCCUCCUGGCUGAUCACCAGGAAACCGUCGCAGGAUUCCAACUUAAGUUCCUCGCGCAACGACUCCUCCGGCUCCGCCACCACUGCCAGCACCAGUACUUGGCGCAUCUCGAGAUCCAGUGCCUCUCUAGAAAUUAGCGCGCGCAACACGCCGAGGCCGGUGAGACCGAAGCCGCGACUGACCCGCCAACUCGCCAUCCAGGAACCGGAGCCCCCCGGGAGUCACCGGGAGGACUGGCCGUAGAUACUCGCCACGAUACCCUCCGCGGCUGAGACCAGCGAUCAGCAAGACGACGAGAAUAUGCCGACGAAUUGAAUUUCUAUCCUUUAACUAUUUUUAUGUAUCAUACAUAUAUAUAGAUGUAAAAAUACGCGCAUAUGUUAAGUGUAUUCUCGUCGAGCGAAUUCUUAACAAAUUCAGUAUUAACAAUCUUCGCUGGUAUACCUGUGUAGUUUGUAGCUAUAUACAUAUACGUAUAUUUAUAUUUAUGGCGUUUUAUACAUCCUCAGCGCAUUGUUGCUUAAUCGAAGUAGAAAGCGAAGAUAUGAGUAGAAUUGCGCAGAGAGUCGCAGUUUGAUUUCGGAUGCGUUUCUCGGUCGAUGUUGUCGAUAAUCCGUCGAUAAUGCGGAUUUUUCGUGAAAUACGUUUCCUUUCGAACGAAAUGCCAAGAGAAAUCUAAAGGUCUAAACGUUACCAAGAUAUAAUUAGCGGAUUUGCUUGACAAGUGCAAUCAUGUGUAUAACGCGGAUUUGUCGGAUCGACGUCAAAUCGGCACCGGGCCAUCUCUGUUAAUUGCAUAGCAUCUAACGAAGUAGUCCGUCCGUUCGUCCGUAUAUGUCAGACUGAUACUUGCUCAGUAAGCAAAAUGUCAAUAUUGGCAGAUUGACGGCAAAUUUAAUCGAAUUCGCUAUUAAUCUGUCAGCAUUGGCCAGCAUUUGGCUAUCCGGGCAUGUAUGUGUAUGGCAUAUAUGUACACAUAUAUGUUAUAUAUUUAUAUUUUUACGUUAUAAGACUGACUAUGGGUUCUUCAACUCUGUACCAUUUACACUGGGUCAAAGACUUCUAGCUACUAGUCUCGGUAGCCAGUAGUCGUUUGAUAAUUGUUACAUCGAGCUGUGUACGUAAUGAUAUUAUAAUUUAUAUAGUAAAUAAAUCUACGCAACUAUCGCAGCGGUUUUACCGUUCUAAGUAUUAGAUUUUCAGAGCCAAAUCAUAGAUUACCUCUUACGCGAUGUUCGAAUAUUCGAAAUCUUGAUAAAGAUGUGCUUAAUUUAUUUGGCAGACUUAUAUUUCGCUGCGGGCAGAGUCGCGUUUGCCGCUGUCGGACGUAAACAUUGCGUAGAGGCAACCUCAUUUAUAUCUCGCGUAUAUAAGUUCGCGUAAAGAAAUAUAAUUAUUAAUAUUGGAAGGAUUAGUCACUGAUAUUGUGGAUUUUAACGAGUGGUUUGUUAAAAGUAGUUGAUAAUAGUAUGUGAUGUUGAAGAAAAUCAAAUAAAAUCUUCAUGGAAACUGAUCGUUGGUGGACAAAGCAUUAUUUAGUCGGCAAGCGGCUUGAGUUAUUUUAAUUUGUGCAAUCGUCGAAAGUAAAAUUAACCCAGCGCGAAUUAAUUGUACAUAAUGUAAGUUGAAUUUUCGUUAAGUCUGUACAUACGAAAACAAUACGCAACUCUUUGAAUUUGAUUUAUUUAUUUUUGUAAAACGUCACUUUUGCAUUACAGGGAAGACGCGCUGUAUUCGCAAGCGGCAUCGUAAAUAUUGUACUAAGAAUAUAAUAAUUUAAAUACGGAUAUACUAAUUAAAUGUCUAUUUCUUGUCUAAAAUAUAUUCAACUCAUUAACAAAGAUUUGUAUUGGCGCGAUGGAGCGCGACGGGUCGAAUCCUCAAACAACUUUAUCUCACAUACUGCUUAACUAAUUAGGUGAUAAGGUCAGAUCUAUCAUUCAUUUCAAAAAUAACACAUA